CUCCGCUCUCCCAUUCAACCUCUGUAGUCAGCAGAAGGAGCGGCUGAGAGGAGCAGCGGGCGCAGCAUCCGCGCCGACAGCAUCCGCGCCGACAGCAUCCUGCGGAUGAAGUAGCUCCGUGGAGGAAGAAUUUGUGAUGGGGAGGAAGCCACAGACAAGAGGAAGAGGAGCACAAAAUGAGGAGGAUGUAAAGAGGAUUUGAGUAAACCGCGCUGUCAGACUGAGGAACACUGCAGCUGCACUAAAUCUCCAAGUGUCACAGCAGCGGGUGAGGGAGACGGGGGAGUGGAGGAGGGGGUGGUGAGAUCUCACCUCUUUGGAUGAGCAGGAAUGGAAACCCAGAAGAAAGUAAACUUCACAGAGAAGGAAAAGUCUGGAUGCCCGGCGUGACCUUCCAGUGGAGAUUCCAAUGAGACUAUUUGUAGUUUUGGAGGGAUGAUAUCUGACCAGCAGUGACAUCUCUCGCCCCCCUCCGUCACCCGUCCGCUCCGAGCGCCUCUCUUCCCUGCAUGUCCUUGCGCUGCUCGGCAGCCCAACAGACUCAUGGUGGAUGCCAAGGGACGGAACAUGAAAUGUCUGACUUUCUUCUUAAUGCUUCCUGAGUCAGUGAAAAGCAAAUCCAGCAAGAGCUCCAAAAAAGGGAAUGCCAGUGCCAGCGGCUCCAAGCUGCCCCCGGUCUGCUACGAGAUUAUCACUCUGAGGAGCAAGAAGAAGAAGAAGAUGGCAGCGGAUAUUUUUCCCACCAAAAAGCCGGCGUCCGGCACCACGGUGCAACAGUACCAGCAGCAGAACCUCAACAACAACAACACCAUACACAACUGUAACUGGCAGGGACUCUACUCCACCAUAAGAGAACGGAACUCUGUUAUGUUCAACAAUGAGCUGAUGGCUGACGUCCACUUCGUGGUGGGUCAGCCAGGACGGACACAGCGCCUGCCUGGACACAGAUACGUGUUGGCAGUGGGCAGCUCGGUUUUCCAUGCCAUGUUUUACGGGGAACUGGCUGAAAACAACGAUGAAAUCCACAUUCCAGAUGUGGAACCAGCUGCUUUUCUGGCCAUGUUGAAGUACAUCUACUGCGACGAGAUCGACCUGAGUGCGGACACGGUGUUAGCCACUCUGUAUGCUGCCAAGAAGUACAUUGUCCCUCACCUGGCACGUGCCUGCGUUAACUUCCUGGAGACGAGCUUGAGCGCCAAGAACGCAUGUGUGUUACUCUCGCAGAGCUGCCUGUUUGAGGAACCCGAGCUGACACAGCGCUGCUGGGAGGUGAUUGAUGCCCAAGCUGAGCUGGCGCUACGCUCGGAGGGCUUCUGCGACAUCGACGCCCAGACUCUCGAGAGCAUUCUGCAGCGCGAGACACUCAACGCUAAAGAGAUAGUCGUGUUUGAGGCAGCACUCAGCUGGGCUGAGGCUGAAUGCCAGAGACAGGAGAUCACCUCUUCAACUGACAACAAGCGCAAGGUGUUGGGUAAAGCAAUGUACUUGAUUCGUAUACCGACAAUGGCGCUGGAUGACUUUGCCAAUGGAGCGGCCCAGUCAGGCGUGCUGACGCUUAAUGAGACCAACGACAUCUUUCUAUGGUACACGGCAGCCAAGAAACCAGAACUGCAAUUUGUCAGCCAGCAGAGGAAAGGCUUGACGCCCCAGCGCUGCCACAGGUUCCAGUCUUGUGCCUACAGAAGCAAUCAGUGGCGCUAUCGAGGCCGCUGUGACAGCAUACAGUUUGCCGUGGACAAGAGAGUUUUUAUUGCCGGGUUCGGGCUGUACGGAUCGAGCUGUGGAUCAGCAGAGUACAGCGCCAAGAUUGAGCUCAAACGCCAAGGAGUACUUCUGGGCCAGAACCUUAGCAAAUACUUCUCUGACGGGUCCAGCAACACUUUCCCUGUGUGGUUCGAGUAUCCGGUUCAGAUUGAGCCCGACACCUUUUACACUGCCAGCGUGGUUCUCGAUGGAAAUGAGCUCAGCUACUUUGGACAAGAGGGGAUGACUGAGGUUCAGUGUGGGAAGGCCACGUUUCAAUUCCAGUGCUCCUCGGACAGCACAAAUGGAACCGGAGUGCAGGGGGGUCAGAUUCCCGAACUCAUCUUCUACGCUUGAGACGGUGCACUUACUUCAAUGGAAAGUUUUUAUUUUGUCCCGCACUUUCUGUUAUUUAUUUUUGCCAGGAUUAUUAAAAAAAAUAAUAAAAUCUCGGACCUCUAGGGAGGCGUUGUGUGCGUUCGUCUUGGGUAGUGGCUCCACUUGAGUCGGACACUUGAAACAGUUAUGUAAAUACGCAGACAUCUCUAUGUGUUUAGGAAAACGUACUGCACUUGAUGUGCCUGUAUAUAUGAAAAUAUGUAUAUCUGAAAAUGUAUAUGACGGUACACAUGUGACAGACGCUGGCCACAGAUAUAUAUAUAUAUAUAUAUAUAUCUAUAUAUAUAUUAUAUGACAAAUAUGUUCCGGUAUGUUUAUUAUAUCUAUGCUUGCAUAGAGUGCACAUGUAUCCGCGUUCAUCACCGCCUAAACAGAGAUGUUGCUCAGCCAGCAGAAAGACACUUUACAGUGGACUGCACUGUUUGUCCAGUUGUAGUGUAAAUCCCAUCAAGCGUUCGUAUUCAAGUGGUUGCAAUUGUAUCUGCAGCUUUGUAGAGCUUUGUGAGGAGGCUUGAGGGGUCUUAGAGUAGGUCGAAUUAGACUGGAUGAGAUGCGUAGCUCCUCUCACAGCACCUACACUUGUCUCUGAGUCCCUUACAUUUCUCCUCCUUGUUUGUAUGGACCAUACUUUUGCUGUCUAAUUUACAGAUGACUGAACAUUGAGGGAAAGCAUCCUGCACUCAUUGCUGAGUUGCACUCAUUUGCAACGUUCGAUGAAACUUGCUGUGCUACUGAAACCAGUCUCCCGAGAGCUACGUGUGCGGGGAGACCACCGAAUGUGUACCGUUGUUGAUGAAGCAAAUAAAACAAAACAA